UCAAGCAGCACGCAAACGCAUCCUUUGUUAACUUUAACCUUUAAAAUCACAUGCUCGGGAAUUUCCAACUCCUGAUCUUAAAGAAAACUUGCUAAAAUUGUAGAAAAGCUAAAAGUAUUUUUGUAAACUUUGCAAAUAAAUCUCAAAUAUUUACUUUUAAUGUCCGUAUAUUUUACUGGGUAAAUAACUACCUGAAUGUUUGGCAUGCCUGUGACACAUGAGUGUUCUGAGGUUGGUCUAUUUCUGUCUCAGCUCCAGGAUGAAGCUCCAACUGCUCACUCGGUUGUUUAGGCUGUGGGACAGAAACAUUGGGCUUCACGUGAUUGUAUAGAAGACACUGAAUUACAGCUUAAUUCAGGAAAACCAAAGCUGUACUUCCACAGAGCUCCACAUGGCCAUGUAUGAGGUGAGUGGAGGCCGACUGGACGUGAUCUCGGAAGAAGCCGAACACCAGGACUCACCCACCACCACCAUGGAUCACCACACCGUGGCUCCUGAAGGACGAGGCCGAGGAGUCUCCCUCCAGAGAUUCUCUGUCGACACCAACGAGUCUCUGAGAUUUGAACCCUAUCAGGGCAGCACACCUUCUCCCACCGGGGCAGAUGAUGGGCUGGAUGAAGAUGAUGAUGACGUGUUUAAGGAGGGAGAAACCCAGAGAGCCAUCCACUCAACCAGACACCAGCUGCAGGAGAAGGUUGCAGAGAUGGAGAACUUUGCAGGUCAUCUGGAGGAAAUCUUUCUGACUGUGGAGGAGAACUUCGGGCGUCAGGAGCAGCACCUGGAGCAGCAUUACAACGAUGUCCUGCAGACUCUGUCUCAGCGGUACGACGAGAGAGCGGCAGCUCUGGAGGAGGAGAAGAAGAACAAGCUGGAGGCGCUGUACCAGCAGCUGCUGGCCUGCGGUCGGGCCCUGGACGCCUCCAAGGAACUCAUCGAGUCGGCCCAGGAGAUCUACCGCUGCCAGGACAAGAGGCUGUUUCUCAAGGGGGUGAUGGCCACCAUAAAAAGAAUUGAAGAGUUCUCCAAAGAGGAGCCUGACCUCACAUUGUCCACAAGUUUGGAGUUCAACACUUCACCUGCUGACCUGUCAGACGUGAAGACCAUGAUGGACUCCAUCAACGUUGUCCCAGCUCCGUCUGCUCCAGUCAUCAACCCUCAGAUCCCAAACUCUGCCUCUCAGACAUCGCUGCGUGUUUGCUGGAGCCUGUUCUCUGACGACACCGUGGAGUAUUACGAGCUUUACUACGGACCGGUGCUGGAAGACACACCAGCAGAGGGCAACUCCUCACCUCAGGUGAGUAAAGUCAAAGUGAAGGAGACCCACAUCACAGUGACGGAGCUGCAGCCCAACGCUCAGUACGAGCUGUGGGUGACCGCCACCAACACCACGGGCAUCAGUCCAGCCAGUGAGAAGGCUCUGUACAUGACAGUGCCGUCGCCUCCGGUGGUCAAACAUCGGGAGUGCAGCAGCUGUCCCGAGGCGGCCAUGAUCCGCUGGGAGUCCGGAAACACCAACCCCGUGGACUCCUACACCGUGGAGCUGAGUGAGAUCGGUACUGAUGGCACAGAGGGCGCUGUCACAGAGUCAGUCGUGGGCGUGCCCACCUGUCACUGUCUGAUUCAGCUGCAGAGUGGACGACGUUACGUCAUAGCUGUCAGGGCCGUCAAUGUCGGCGGCCCGAGUGACAGGAGUGACGUUAUUACCGUCAAAACGACAGGGACCUUCUUCCAUCUCCUGGAGGACACGGCCCACCCCUGCCUCUCCAUCUCCGAGGACGGCUUCACCAUAUUCUAUGGAGACGAGGAGCUGCCCAUCAGUGCCAUGGCCUCGGACGACAACACCUUCACCAGAUGCGUGGCCGUUCUCGGAGAUCUGAUCCCGGUCCGAUGCAGACAUUACUGGGAGGUGGAGGUGGAUGAUGGGACAGAGUUCAGGAUCGGAGUGGCCUACGCCGACACAGAGAGGAACUCCUACCUGGGGGCCAACACCAGCUCUUGGUGCAUGAGACACAUUCUCAGCCCAUCCAGGCAUAAAUACGAGUUCCUGCACAACGGCUGGAGUCCUGACCUGAGGAUCACAGUGAACCCUGUGAGGAUCGGAGUGGCCCUGGACUACGAGAGGGAGACUCUGUCCUUCUUCAACGUGGAUCUACAACAGCACCUCCACACCUUCUACUGCCACUUCCAAAGCUACGUGCAUCCUUGUUUCAGCAUGGACAACCCGGGCGUUCUGACUGUUCACAAUGGCAUCCAGGCUUCGGAGUACGUCUUCAUGUGACACCCAGCCCGUCCGGUUUGACGAGGUCCCAAGGCCGUGAGUGAGGCCAAAAUGACAUGAAAGUAUUUUUUAAUGAAAUAAAGUGAUGUGAUCCAUUCUGUGAUGUUUUUAGUCGUUUUUAUUAUCGUAUUCCAUGGGAACAGGCAUACACCAUUUUCCAAGAUCAGAAAAAAGUGGAACUUUACAAUUUGCACUGACAGCAUAACUGCAGCAGACUAAGAGAAUAUGGUCCAAAAUAAGGAGUAUUUAAUGGACUAGUAAAAAGAAUAAAAACAAAAGGUCAACUCAAAUAAAAUCCAUGUGAUUUUUUUAAACUAUAAAAACCUGCUGAUGUUUGUGACGUUGUGAAUUUGUCACCUACACUAAAAGAAAAGGCACAACAGUAAUGGCAGUCUGUGUUCACAUUUACUGUAUAAAUGAAGGAACUUUGUAGAAUGCCCACCCUUAGCUACUAAGUGCUCACAACCUAGAGACCCCCCCAAAACAAAAGCAAAACCAAGACAAAAAACACUAGAAAUAAAAAA